GGCUGCAAAGGAUUAGGAUCGAACCAGAGAGCGGCUCCCACCUCCCCGCGAUCAUCCCGAUCCAGCAAUGAGUUCAGCAGCACAGGAGAACAGACCCCACAGCAGGGCCGUAAGGAAGAUCAAAUGCGCGGCCAUGGUGAGCAGCUUAGCCAAGAGCUGGCAAUCCUGGGUGGGCGAGCAUUCGGGAAAGCAGGACGCAAUCCCCAAGGGGUGGUUUCCCAGCUCUGUGACAGAAGAAAGAGGAGGAAAAGAGUUUGAGAAAACUGAAGUCAAACUCUUUGUGGCACCCAGAGCCGAGACAGAGAAGAGUCCGGAGCGGAGCGGAGCGAAGAUCAGAACGGGCAACGUCUCCAAAGGCAUCAGACCUAAAAAGAGCGGCUGCGGAAAUGAUCUGGUCACUUUCAUUGCCGGAAAAAUAAACACCAACCAGAUCGCACCCAGCGAAACAAAACCGGUCCUGGGGAACAUGUCGCCCACGAGCAGGAGGUACUGCGGCAGCCAGACGGUCAACGCGAUGAAGACUUGGAGGAAGGAGGAGGAACAGGGCAAGCUGGGCUCCCGCAGCAGCAGCUUAGACACCGAGGACAGUGGGCUGGGAGAGGAGGGGGGCUCCAGUGAAACCGACGAUGAGAGCAAGAAUAAAGACAAGCCUGAAGGGGGUGUAGCAAGAAAAAGCACAAGACCCAAGAUUAAGGUAUCUACAAUGGUAGACCUGAGAAACAAUUGGCAGAAGUGGUCAGAGCAACACAACGAGCAACAGAAACUGAACCCCUUCAGCGAGGACUUCGACUACAAGCAUGCCAUGGCCUGCCGCCUACUGAAGGGGGACCAGGGCUACGGGAGACCCAAGGAGGGUAGCAAGACCGCUGAGAGGGCACGGAGAGCAGAGAGGCAUAUCCACAAAGAGAUGCAGCAGAUGUGCCUCAUCAUCCGAGACAUGGGGGUCAAGUGCAAGGACGAGCGUGUCCGCAUCACCUUCGGGGGGCUGUUCGACAGAUACGUCAAGAUCUCCGAUAAAGUGGUGGGGAUCCUGCUGAGAUGCAGGAAGCACGGCAUGGUUCACUUCGAGGGUGAGAUGCUGUGGAAGGGGCAGGACGAUGAUGUCAUUAUCACCCUACUGGCUUAGAGCUUUUUUUGGUUUUGUACUGAUGCUUGAUUUUGCAAUUUGUAUUAAGCCGAUUGCUUGAUGAUUAUUAUUUUCUUUCAAAAUGAAAGAAUGGGAGUCUUCUUAAAGAAGGACAUGUAGUAUUUUGAAAUACUGUUUAACUCGAUUUUCUUUUUGUGUGUAUGCUCCAAAGUCUGAUGGUUCAUUUGCGAUAGUUUGCACAUUUGCACUUCAGAUGUUUGUUGUUUUGAAAAUCAAAAGCAGGAUAUAUUCUAUAUAUUAAAAUGAAAUCAUUGUGACGAUGUUUUAACCUUGUAUGAGUGCAAUAAAACACAUUUCCUUUC